AUGAGUGCUGCUAUUAUGAUGCUUCUUCUGCUUCCGAAAUCAAACUCGCAAAGGACGACCGAAGUCAACAACGAAUACGGAAUAGUGUGGUGGGAUCAGGAUUUAGUCAAGUGGAUUAUUAAGGAACACCCAGAAACUGCCAUCGGUUUUAAAUCUCAGAAGUCAGAGACCAGGGCAUAUGAUCUCAUGAGCGAUAUCUCCUAUAUCAUCCGGAAACUUCGCCACCAGCGAACGCUCUCUGAUGCUGAAUUAAGAAGAACUUCGGAUAAAUUGGCUUAUCUGACGGAAGCCGGUUUGAACGUCGAAUGGUUGCGGCCAAAUCUCGAGGUGAAGAAACGUGAAGCUUACGUAGAGAGGAAGAAACGUGAUGCUUGUGAAGCUCGGAUCGUGGAACUCAAACAAGAGGUCAAGAAACUCGAGCUUGCCAAGUCUGGUCUCAAAGCUGAGUUGAAAAACGAGGAGGCCAAGUUGAAUCCUCGUUCGUUUUGGAAUCUUUUGGGGAAUUGCUUCUGCCUAUAG